AUGUCCGGUAAAGCUGAGAAAAAACCUGCUUCCAAGGCACCAGCUGAGAAGAAACCAGCUGCUAAGAAAACUGCAUCAGCGCCAGAUGCUAAAAAGAGAGGUAAGGUCAGAAAGGAGACUUACUCCUCAUACAUUUAUAAGGUUUUGAAGCAAACACAUCCAGAUACUGGUAUUUCUCAAAAAUCAAUGUCUAUUCUAAAUUCUUUUGUGAAUGAUAUUUUUGAAAGAAUUGCUACUGAAGCUUCAAAAUUGGCAGCUUAUAAUAAGAAAUCCACCAUUUCAGCUAGAGAAAUACAGACAGCAGUAAGAUUGAUUUUACCGGGUGAAUUAGCUAAACAUGCUGUUUCUGAAGGUACAAGAGCAGUGACCAAAUAUUCCUCUGCUGCUUCUCAAGCUUAA